AAAACAACAAGUUUUUAAUUAGUUUGAGGUUAGGAGAAUAUUUUUUUUCUGCUCAUUAUUUUUAGUCUCAGUGAAGAAAUUGCAAGAGAACUACUACAAUGAAUCGUCCCAAAAUAACAUUUGGGAAAAUUAAUUUCUCAAAACCAUCAACCAGCACGGAGGAAACCAAAGAAAAUCCACAAAGUGAAGGAUUUGGUACUUUUGGGAAGAAUGCCCCGGUGAAUCAACUAAAUGAAGCCAUUGAGGAGAUUGCAGAUGAUUUGGAGAGUCAACAUAUGAAGGAAAUUAUGGGAAUAUCCGGUUUUGGACGGAAAGCAAAGAGCUUUGAUAUUGCUGAGCAAAUUGCAAAGGCAAAGAAAGUUUCUACACCACGGAAGGCUGUUGAGAAGCUUCCGGAAGCACCAGCAAAGGAUGACAAAGAAGCGGAAGAGGAGGAUGAGGAUGUUAUUGGUCCACUGCCACCGCCUAAUUUCGCAUUGGAGGAAGAGAAGAAGAAAAAGAAACCCGAGAGGGAUGGCAGUGGGAGUGAUGAUGAAGAAGAUAGUGAUGAGGAGGAGGACACAAGCCUCCUGGGGAAGAUUCCCGCAAGUCACGAAGUUGCCAUGCAGCAUGGAUCACGGGCUGUUAUUGCCAUGUCAGCCGAUCCAUCGGGGGCUCGUCUGGCUUCCGGAUCUGUGAGCUACGACCUGUGUUUUUGGGAUUUUGCCGGUAUGGAUACAACAAUGAGAGCCUUCCGGACCCUUCAGCCGUGUGAGAAUUAUCCCAUCCGGGGAAUUCAGUAUUCCGUAACGGGUGAUCGGAUUCUCGUUGUUUCCGGGAAUUCACAGGCAAAAAUUCUCGAUCGGGAUGGUUUUGAGAAGAUGGAAUGCGUCAAGGGGGAUCAAUACAUCACAGAUAUGGCUCGUACAAAGGGGCACACAGCACAGCUGACAGCGGGAUGCUGGCAUCCCAGUAGGAAGGAAGAAUUCCUCACGAGCUCCCUGGAUUCAACGCUACGCAUCUGGGAAGCUUCCAAUGGGAAGCAACAGAAGAAUGUCAUCAAAACCCGCGCUCAGGGUGGACUUAAGACUCUCCCGCACAGCUGUACGUACAACCGGGAUGCCACACUCAUUGCUUCCGGAUGUGCUGAUGGCUCAAUACAAAUGUGGGACACACGGAAGAUGUUUGUCAAUACAACCCACUGCAUCCGGGAGGCACAUAGUCGUGGCAGUGAAAUCUCCUGCGUCACAUUCUCCCACCUUGGCACACAGCUGGCUUCCCGAUCAUGCGAUGGGAGUAUGAAGUUGUGGGAUAUGCGACACCUGAAACAGCCUAUCUUCACCUUCAACGAUCUCUUCUCCCGCUACGACACCACUGAUUGCGUCUUCAGCCCCGACGAUGCAAUCCUCGUGACAGGAGAGUCAAUGGACCGGGAGAAAGAAGCCGCUUCGGUGUACUUCUUCGACGCACGGACAAGUGAGCAAAUUCACAGCAUUCCCGUCACAGAUUCUCACAUCAUCAAGGUCAUCUGGCAUCCGAAACUCAAUCAAAUCUUCGUUGGCUGUGGCAAUGGGGUGGUGAAGUGCUUCUACGACGACAAAAGAAGUCUCCGUGGGGCCAAAUUGUGCGUUGUGAAGACGUACCGGAAGAAGAAGCAUGUGGAAGUUGUGGGGACAACACAGGUGAUCACCCCGCAUGCGCUACCAAUGUUCCGGCAGGAGAAGAGUCGCUCAAGUCGAAAGAAGAUGGAGAAGGAACGUGCAGAUCCGGUGAAGUCACGAAAACCCGAUCUUCCCAUCACUUCAGGGCAGGGUGGACGUGUUGCCUCAUCCGGAGGAACCCUCAGCAGCUACGUCAUAAGGAAUCUCGGACUUAGCAAGCGCGUGGACGAUGAUCAGGACCCGCGAGAGGCAAUCUUAAAAUACGCCAAGGAAGCAGCUGAGAAUCCCUACUGGAUCGCUCCUGCGUACGCAAAGACACAGCCAAAGCCAAUCUUUGAUGCUGAAGAUGGUCCGGAUGCAAAGAAACCGAAGACGGAGGAAUAAAAAUAAUAAAAAAUUCAAAUAUUGUA